UAUACCCUGGACAAUGGCAUUAGAACCCAUGCACAUAUACGCAAGCCGCUGCUGUUCAUACAGCGAGGCUGCAAUGAAGACAUCCCCCAUUGAUGGACAGCAGUGACGAAAUAAGCCACAUGCUGACAAGUAUUGAGGACAACAACAAUAACAAGAGUGACACAGACAGCAGUAGAAGGAGCUUGUUUGGUGUCCCCAGCUCCAGCAGCAAUCGACCAAGCGCCGACAGGAUCUCCUCCGCAAUCCGGCACCCUUCUCCGCAUUCUUACUCGAGGACACUGGCUCGGAGAUGGGCUGCUCCUCCGGCCGUCAGCCCCCUGCCUCGGUUCUUCACCCAGACUUGGACUGCGGGAGCGGUGGAGCCAACAGCUUACCCCAGGACUCUGAAAACCAGGGUUUAAGUGACUCCGAGGGAAGGGACCAGGUCAAACCACCGGAGUCUCUCCCCACUCUGGAGCGGCUAGCCCAGGCCACAGGCGGCACGGAGAAGUCCUGGUACCGCUGCGUGUUCCCUUUCGGGGUCAUCUCGCUGGUCAUCGGGAUGGCAGGCACGGGGGUGACGUUCACCUUUAACACUCUGCUCCAGACCAAAGUGGUGUCGGUGGCACUGCUCUGUGCCGGCGUUUUGAUGCUGCUGGUGGCCGCAGUCUGCUGGAGGGCCCACAGACUAAGAAGGAGAAAAAAGAAGGAGGGGGGAUUCUUCACUGCUGAUCUGGGUACUUUGUGAUGGUGGGAAGUUAGAGGUGGGGAACUGCUAUUAGAGACAGAGCACUUCGAGCCAGACUUUUGAUGACAACGAGAGACCAAUGAGAAGAUCCCUGUCAUUAUCCGUUCAUACCAUAGUAUCAUCACUACUCACCACAGUUUAGUACCAUAUUGGAUACCUUAACUGGGUUGAACUGUAGCCCCCUUUCACACAGCCCGUAAAAGCUGGCGUUUAACCUUCUUUUCCCUUUAUAAACAACACUGAUACGGACCUAGGGGAGUUGAAGUCAGAAAUCAGAGCCUUAACAUAGGGGCCCCCUGUUUGAAAUAAGGGGACCAGAAUGUAAUGUUUAACACCGCCCUGUUGUGUCGAUAGCAAUUUGACCAAUAUGUUAUGCGUCACACCCCAUGUUUAAAUAUGUGAUUGAAUGAUACCUCUUACUGUGAAAGCACACACAGUUGCGGAAAU